CAGCCGCACAGGUGCUGCUGUCAGCUGGCAGCAAACGCGAGUCCGCCCCAAAGAUACUUCCGUCUGCAGCAGCAGCAGCAGCAGCAGCAGCAGCAGCAGCAGCAAAUGCAGCAGCGGCAGCAGCGAAAGCACCCGCUGUGGGCAGCAGCAGCGAUCAGGGAGGCAAAUCAGGCAAGAUCCGGAGAAGUGCGGGAAGCAGCAGCAGCAGCAGCAGCAGCAGCACCCGCAGCAGCAGCACCAACACCAACAGCAGCAGCAAGCUAGCAACAAAGGCAGCAGUUGAGCCAGCAGCAGCAGCAGCUGCUGCUGCUGCUGCGCCAAGCGCGCAGAAAAUAUUCCAGCAGGCAGCAGAGGAAGUCCUCAGGAGCAAACAGCAGCAGCAGCAGCAGCAGCAGGUGCAGCAGCAGAAGCAGCAGCGGCAGAAACAGCAGCAAGGCGGCCGCAGCCGCUGUAGCGACAGCAGCAGCACCCCCCUCCAGCCAUCUCCCCCUGCAGCAGCAGGAGCAGCAGCAGCAGGAGCAGCAGCAGGAGCAGCAGCAGAAGCAGCAGCAGCAGGAGCAUCAGCAGCAGGAGCAGCAGCAGCAGGAGCAGCACCAGCAGCAGAAGCAGCAGGAGAAGCAGCAGCACAAGCAGCAGCAGCACAAGCAGCAGCAGCAGCAGCAGCAGUAGCAGAAGCAGCAGCAGCAGCAGCAGCAGCAGCAGCAGCAGCAGCAGGCCCACGCUGCCAAUGGCUUCAUUGA